UCUAACUGAUGGUCAGCCUAAGAUUUCAUUUUCUUGUUCUUUAGCUUUUGUCUCGUUUACGAACAGGGUUGGCUCGUCGUUAUCAAUUGCGCCAUUUCGUUCUGCCAAAGGCCUGAUGUGGAUGCAGUCGCAAGGUUUUCAAAUCCUUAAUAAGCGUCUUCAGUCACUAUUGUUUCGCUGGCCUGUUGGUCGCUUACUAUCAACUUCGAUAUUCAGACCCACUCUUGGCAAGUGGAUUCCCUUUAGCGCGAAUUAGGUGACCAUACCAUCGAACAUGCAUCUCUCGCAAUUUCUCCACCAUCGGUGCAACUCCAUUUCGAUCGCAUGCUAUGCUACUAGUGCAAUGCAACAUCUUCGUUUUCAUUAAUCCGAGACGACGUUCAUCUCUGUUAAAGUCGACCAACACUCAGAGCCAUAGACGGUGACAGGGCGGACGGCACUGUUGUAAAUUUUAUAUUUGAAACGUUCGUUGAUGUGUCGAUCAAAGAGGAUGCUAGUCUUAGCCUCAUAUAUCAUUAUACUCCUAGGAGGCCUAGAAUGAAAAUUAAAUUAUUCUUUCUGUCAGUGAAAUGUCAUCUACCUAAUGGCUAAAUUUGCUAAUUUUUCAAUUUUAAUUUAAUUGUCCCCUGAAUUUUAAAUUUCUUUAUUUUUUUUCUAAUUUAAAUUAGUAAUUUUAGUCCAAACAAAUUGCUGUGGUACUAAUAAAAAUUAUAAAUUUUACCCGUAAAUUCCUAGCGUUUGCUUUGUUGGCAUUAUUUUCUAUUUGGAAUGGCCCUUUCAAUCAGUCUGAGCCGAAAAAGCUCUUCCUUAGAGUUUGACGAAAUCGAGGAUACUUAUGAAAAGUAUGCAGGAGGUGAAACCAUCGGGGCACUAAUUAUUGAUGAUAGAAUUAACUAUAUUCGAGAUGAAUGUGAUCAAUUUGCGGCUGUGAUGUUUGGAAAGGGCGCUGAUAAACUUGAGGACAACAUGUAUCAGGCUGUGUUGGAAUCCAGUGAAAAUCUUUACUCCUAUUCAAACAAAGUGGAGCCUGUUGUUGGUUUCACACGAAACGAAUUAGAUGUGGAAACAAAAUUUUUAAGAAAAUCUCAGUUGAAAAUGAGUUCGAACUCUGAUAUUAGUUAUCCGCCAUACCUCCAGCAUAAUUUCAAAUUUGCCGGAGCAUGCCUCGAGUUUUCCGAAGCCAGCCCAAUAAACGAUUUGUUCGCUAAAAUUGAGCAGAAAAUUCAAAAUGAAAUGGAAACUGUGGCAAGAAAAACACGAGGAUUUGGUGAGUCCAUACGAAAAUAUGAAGAUCUAAGGGCAAUGGAGCUACCAAAACUGAAACAGGCGGAGAAUUCGGUAUUAAAUAUCUGUCGUAAAGUUCGAAAGCUAGAAUGUGAAUUAAUGGCUGUUAAAGUCAGAGUGUGCACGUGGACGGAUACUAAUCCUGUGCAACAUUUCUGUUGUAAAAAGAAAUUCAUUCAAAUUUAUACGUUACAGAAACGUUUGGAGAAAGUGCAGAGGGAAGCAAUACAAAAAAGAUUUGAUCUAAAAACGUGUGAAGAUGCAAAUGCACGUUUGAGGAAUUACAAUGGAGAGAUUAAAGAAUGCAUAAAGAAGCUACUGAAAUUUGGUGAGUCAUAUUGGCGUGAAAUAUGCAAAAUUCAAGAUGACGUAUACGAGGGCAAGACAAAAAGUUCAAACAGAUCUCCGUCUUGGGAAGGUUUCUCUAUUCGAACUUCAUCAGUUCCCGAAAAUUCGAUCGAUACUGGAAGGUGUGAAUCAAAUCCUUCGCAUAUUUCUUCAUCAUUUAUAAGAAUGCCUCGAACUAGAGACGGUACCAAUUCAAUAACCUCAUCAGGCAGCAAUCUAUCUCAUUCGGCUCGAGUAGUGGUAGCCAGAGCGCCUUUUCAAAUUAUGUCGUUGAGUAGAAGCUCAUCCCAACUAACAUCCAUACCUGGUAAUUCGCGCAGAACCUCUUGUUCAAUGGCAUCUCUAAGUAGAGUGUUUUCCCAGCAGUCAACAGUAUCUGACGACACCCUUGCCACCUUUUCAAAAACAGCUUCGUCAUGUAGCAAGUCUUCUGAAUCGAUUGAAUCGAUAUUAACACUUAAAAGCGUAUUGAGGAUUUCCCUAUCGCAGGAAUCAUUAUGUGGAAGGUCAUUUCAGUUGCCAAUAGCGUCUCCAUGCUCAAAAUCUAACAAAAACGUAAAUAGUUUAAAGUCGCUAUCUUCUGGAAGCAGUUCUUCCCGGCCAUCAAUUACCUGGAAAUUAUCUUCAGAAGUAACACCUUUUGGAACUACUCGGGAUGCUUCUAACGACCUAAACAUAGCUAUAUCUUUUCAAAAUAGUGAUGGUGAAUGCCGUGAAGAAAAUGAACCCUUUCUUGUAGAGUCUAAAAUGGGCUCAAAUGAGGAAGCUGAUAGCGACAAGUUCGAAGAUGAGAAUCGAUCAGAGAAUGGAGACCAUGAAUACAGUAGAACUACUUGUAAUGAAUAUUGUACUUGUAAUAAGAGUUACACUCCUCCAUCUCCAGCAGAUGGGGCAGUAAUUAACCAUCAAAUUUUCUUGGAUAAUUUUAUGAAAAAUAAUCAAAGUGCGGAAAAUAUUGUUGGUUUGAAGCGUCGUAAAGUAAGACAGGCACUUGAUCGGCAUAGGCAAGGGAAAAAACACAAAAGAAGUACGAAAAAGGAAGUCGGACAUCAGCUAAUAUACUCACUAAGAUCUCAGUCAAGUAUAAGUGCCAGGAGUGACAUUCAACGAAAUGCCAAAGAUAAAACUAUACUUGUCAAUGUUCCUAUUGAACCAAAUACCAAAUCAAAAAUAUUGUCCAGUCAAGCAAAAUAUAUGCUGUGUGAAAUUGUAAGACAUGGGGAAGUUAGCACGAUUUCUAUGAAUAACUCCCUCCAGUUGGAUCAAAACCAAGCGAAGAAAGAAAGAAUAUUAGAUUCCAGACUGAAGCGAUUAAUGAGAAGAAUUAAUGAUUUGACUGCGCACUUGGAAACGGCGAAAAAGAAACUUGGAACGUAUAGAACGAGCUAUCAGCAACUUGUUAAAGCGAACCCUCACCUUGAGGAACCUAAGAAGGCGAGUGCAUACUCCAUGGAUUGUAUUCAAAAGCAUUGCUCAGUUAAGGGUGCACCAGCUAUUCGGAAUGAUGUAGCGAAAAUUAAUAAUUACAGCCAGGGUAACAGCUCAGGACAAUCAUGUAAAGAAACUGAACUUUCAGAAAAAUCAAACUUAAGCACGCUUAUCGCCAGUAUAACUAAUGAAAAUGAAAGUUAUUUUCGGGACUAUUUGGAAUAUGGAGACAUGAUCGAACGUUUUCAAAAGGAAUUAAGAAAGUGCGUUCAGGAACUUACUAGACAGGACCAAAACUGCAACGUCUACGAGGAACCCCGAAAACACUCAGAUAAACAAGAAUGGAUAAGCUUCGCCAAAAAUAUGUCACUUACAGCUAGAAACGCAAAAUUGCAACUAGGAAAGUAUAAAUUAGGUUUGAAAAUGACAGAAAAAGAAUUAAAAUUACAGACGAAAGAAAAGAUAAAUCUGCAAAGGAAGUUGCAUAUUUAUGCUACACUGCAGCGUCUUUUCCUCGCUCAACAUUUUGGGCCGCCUUUGAAAAUUCAGAUUAAAACCCUAAGCAAGUCAGUUGAAAAAUAUAAAGGUCUAGCGGAGGACUAUAAAAGAAAAAAGAAAGAUUUAACUAGAGAGAAAGAUGAGAUUGCGAAUGAUUUAAAAAUGCUGAAGAGCAGAUUGGAAGAUGAAAAGCAAGAAUUGGAAACCUUAACCAACGUUGCAGCGGAGGAGGUCCGGAACGUAAAACAACAGAAUGAUUUGCUUAUACAAGAAUUAGAGGCAGAAAAGUCAGAAAAACGACAACUGGUCGUUCAGUUGGAAAAUUCUCAUCGAUGUCUUGAGGAAUGCCAGUCUAAACUAAAAGAAACUAAAAGCGAGCUACUAGCAGUCAGGGAAGUCAAAAAUCGAACAGUGCAAAAUAUGUCAAGCGAAGCCGAAAAUCCACCCUCUGGCAGGAACUUCGCCCAAGGUCUAUUAUCGGCCAACCCAGUAAACAACUUGAGCGUAUCGUCCCAAAUUUCAUUUCGAACUUCAAUUGAAGAAGAAAUCAGUCAUUCCAAAUCUAUGCAAACUUUCUGGGAAACGCUCCAACGAGAAGUGCAAGGUGUCAUUCGUAGUAUACAAUCUCAUUCUGGGAAGGACGAUAUUCAGAAUGAAUUGACUAAAAUCAAUAGAUCGAUUCAGGAAAUUCAGUCCAAUUCGAAUAUUACGUCUGAGAAGUUGGUGACAACUUUGAAUGCCUACAGCGCAGCGAUUCGUGAUAAAGAUCCUCAACUGUAUGGGAUCUGUAUUAAAAUGGUUCUGGAGGGAAUAGACUAUCUUGAUUUCAGCGAGUUAAUUUACUUACAUUAUGCAGUUUAUAAUGCUGGUCUAAGGUUCCGUAAGAAGAUGAGAAUGAACCAAUGCAGACGUGAGAUUCCCGUGACUCCUCCAGGCGACGGACAUCAUAAUCCAGAGGUUCUAAGAUUGCAACAACUGGAAAGAGACAUGAACAAAACCCAGGAAAUACUACGGCAACUUCAAAGGCAGAUGAAAGAGAGCUAAUAAUCUUAUGUAACUAACAGGGGCGUAUCGCUUUGUGAAUUGUUUGGUAUUUUCAGUUAUAAUUUUGUAAAUACGUUUUUUUGGCUCAAAAAAUGAAAUCAUUACUAUUGAAUAAAGUAUUUUAAGGUAGUUUUUGUUU